CUACAAAACCUGACUAAAACUCAUUUUUUGUUCUAUUAUUAAAAGAAUCGUUUCAUUUUCACCUCCAAAAAGAUGAUAUUUUCUCAGUUUCUCGCCUAUUCUGUCUGUGCACUUCCUUUCUUGGUGUGGGUUUGUUGAUCUACUAUGAUUUCGUUGUUGAAUCUCUCUAGACUCCUAAUCUCCUUUGCCCAUUACAGCAAAUUCUCUUUUUCUGUCAAUCCAAUGUCAAAGUCUGCAUUUUUCUCUUAUGGGUUUCUUUAAUUCCUGCAUUCUUAUCUGUUUUCUACCCAUUUCGUCUCCAUUAACUUCCAUCCUUGUGGGAUUCAACCUUUGAGCUGCACCUGUUUGUUAAUUUUCUGAUCCAGUGAUCUUUGGUUCUGUUUUGUUGUGUAUAAAAAGGACAAUUCCCAUCUCUGUCUGUCAUCACCAAAUCUACCAUUUAUUUCUCCAAUUUCAAACAAAAAAGAGAGAAAUUUUGCUCUGAAAUUGUACUUUUCAUUUGGUUCUGAUCCAAAAGGUGCAUUAUAGGUGCUGAUUUUGUCUCUACUAUAUAUGAAAUUUAUGGGGUGUUGGAUUUAUUGAAGCAAAAUUCUUGGUGAUGUCUGAGAAUAGUACAGAGCUAGUUGAUUGUUGCUUUUCAUCAACCCCUUCCUCGGUUGCUUUAGCUGAGCUGAAUCUGUACAAAGCUUUUGUCUUCUUUGUCCCAAUUUUCUUCACUUUCAUUCUUCUCUUCUUGUUCUACAUGUUCUAUCUUCACCGCCAGGAGUUUGACUGGUCCUCUCUUCUAGCGAGAACAUCUCUGCUGAACAACAAUGAGCUUUCCAGAGCUGAAAUGGGACUGAAGAAAGAAGUGAGAGAGAUGCUUCCCAUUAUCAUAUAUAAAGAGAGCUUCUCCAUCAGAGAUACACAAUGCUCAGUAUGCCUUGGGGACUACCAAGCAGAGGAUAGGCUUCAGCAGAUACCUGCAUGUGGCCAUACGUUUCACAUGGAAUGCAUUGAUCACUGGCUUGCUAACCACAGCACAUGCCCACUCUGCCGCCUUUCUGUUCUUGCUUCUCCUAAGGCCUCAAAUGAAUUGCCUGACAUAAAUGGAGAAAAUAGUCAGGGUCCUUGCAACCCCGAAUCAUCUAUCCAAACAAGGUCCCCAACAGAAGCUGUACAGCCUUCUGAGCGAAUGAGUGAAGAUGUAGGAAUUCUUCAAAGCAAUGGUGAAGAAGAUGGAAGAAGCUCUCGUUGUGUUAAUCUGGAUAGAGAGAUCAUGGAUACCGUAAUGGGAGAGCAUGUCAGUGAUGAAGGAAUAUCUGAAUCUGGUCCAGAGCCUUCCAACCAACAGAAUGGUGAAAAUCAUCUGUUAAACUGCUGUCACUGACUUGCCACAAACACAAGCAGUAAAACAAAUGGAGCCAAUAAUUGGAGAUGUAAAAAGUCCCCCAAAUGGUCAAGAAGAGGGGGGAUGCUUUCUACUCGAUGAUCAAGGGAGAGAAUUUAGGGAUACAAGGAAUGAAACCAGAGAGCAUGAGGAUUAAAAGAGACGUAGUGAUUUUUUAUUAACAUAGUUUAUUGGACAAUUUUUUCCUUGCAACUGCUCAAUGAACAAAUGCCUUAGUUUAUUAUGAAGAUGCCAUUGGCUCAGUUUAAUAUUUAGAUACCAUUGGUGGUUUGAUUAUUGAUUCUGUUUAUCAAUAGUUAGUUACAACUUAUAAAUAUCUUUCUCAUUC